AUGGAAUUCGCACAUACUAUUUUCAGAGUAGCACUAUCUGGGGAUCCCACUAUGUUACUCCAAAUUUUAUCUGGGGAUCCAGGUUUGGCCAACCUCCCUGACUUUGAUGGUAAUAUGCCACUUCAUUUUGCUGCUAUGUCCGGUUCAUGGGAGUGUGUUCAAAUAUGCAUCUCUGCUCUACAAGCUCGAAAGGAUCUUGACUGCGCAACGGAAGUUCGACGUAAAAAUUUUAUGGGUAAAGAUGCUCUUACCAUUUCCAUUGAGAAAAGUGACUAUGAGUCAUUUAAUCUACUAAUAAGUGCAGGAGCAGAAACAGAUUAUCGGUGUAUGGAUGAUGUGCCUCCUCUGGUGGCUGCUUUAAGUCAGGAUAACGUGAAGUUAACUGCUAACGUCCUGGAUGCACUGGACAUAAAUUUUUUUCGUCUACGCCGGGAUCGCUAUUGGAUUUUAGCAUUGCAUACUGACCUUUCAAUAUCUUUAGCUUAUUUCAAGCUCCUAAAGGCUCAUGCUGUCCCAUACAUGCAAAGUGAAUUUGAGGAAAUCUGUGCUAUUGUUCUCGAAAAAGAACCAUCAAUAAUAGGGAUUGAAGAAUUUUUGAUUUACUUGGGGUCAGAUGCUGUGGAUCGUUGGUCUAUUCAUCAAGAAGAAGUAUCUCUCUGUUUAAUGCGUAUUUCAUCCUACUUUUUAAGAAAAGUCGUUCCAUUUAAUCAAAAUUUCGAUUGUAUUUAUCAAUUGCAAAAAUUAGGAUUAUACACACCCCCAUCAUCUGCUAGAACUUGGUUGCAAGUUCUGUCUCAAUGGGGAUUUCCAAAGAUUUGUAUUGAACGACCGAACAUCCAAAAACAAUUGAUUUGGAAUUUAGCGGAUAUCGAUAGGAGUCCAAAAAAUACAGUUUCCGACAGGUGUUUGCUACCGCUUGUACUAUAUUUCGCUGUCUUAGCCUUACGUUUCCCACAUCCAGAUUGGAUCGAUUGGUGGCGUGAAGUUUGCACCAAGGCGAACUUUAAUGAGCAUGAAUAUAACCUAGGAACACUUCUGGAAUUACACAGUAUAAGGCAGUCAAAAUCUGUCUUUGAUUUCUUUUGGCAUAAUAUAUUCACUUUUGCUAUUUCACGUGCUGUAUUGUAUACUAAUUUAAAACUGUGUUCCUUAAAUGAUACUCAAUGGUCUAUGGACAAAUUUUUAAAUCAUGCUUAUUGCGAAUGUCAAUUAUUACAACCACUUCCUCCAGGGAAUCAUGAAAAAUUAAUUUACCUCCUUUCUUACUUUCCAGCAUCGAACAGUAUUCCUGGACAUGAAAUUUUUAUGUCUAUUGUUUGCCAGCAUUUCUUACCAUUGAUAUCUGAUGAUGAUAUUGAAUGUAAUAGUAACUGCUCGAAAAUUAAUUCCAAUGUAUUGAUGACUGCUACAGUUCAUGUGCUUCAUCAAUAUUCUUUAUUAAAUCUAAUUGUAAACUUCUCCGCUAAAUUAGGUCUGAAAUUCCUAAGCAAUAUUCAAGACUGGCCACGUUCAAUAUCAACUGGUUACAAAAUCAAGCUGUUCAAUAUUUUAAUUGCAUGUUAUGUUGAGUCUAGUCGAUAUACCAAAGUACCUAGAAAUAUAACCGAGAUAUUGUCAUUGAGGCAGAUGGGUUGCGACCAUUCUAGUUAUUUGAAUAAUAUAGUGAAUGACUGGCUGAGUAAUUGGUUGUCUGAGCCGAAACGUCUCUCACUAUGGUCUAAAUUUACAAUACGCACUUGUCUCAGACGUUCUACGCAACAUUGUUCUUUCCCUAAACAACCUGUAAAUGAACUCAUUAAGAGUUUACCGCUGGCCCCGAUGCUCCAGGAGUACCUUCUGGAUAACGAGUAUCUAAAGUGA